AUGGAUUAUAAAUCUAUUUUAUCGAUAUUUGUUAUUGUAUUAGUGCUAGGAAAUGACGUAGACGCAAAUAAGUCAUUGCAGAGGUCCCAGAGGGCGGCACCAGAGAAAUACUCCACCAAGUAUGACAAUUUUGAUGUGUUGAGCGUAUUCGCCAGUACCAGGCUGGUGAAGAGAUAUGGCGACUGUCUGAUGGAGCGGGGGUCAUGUCCACCAGAGGGAAAGUUUUUGAAGCAGGUGAUUCCUGAUGCCAUAGCUACUAAAUGCAGCAAAUGUAACGAGAAACAGAAGAAACUAGCUGGUGUGAUGCUUCAGCAAUUGCUGCUCAAAUACAGGCCAUUGUUUAUCGAAAUAUGCGAAAAGUACGAUCCGUCUGGAGAAGCCAGGAAAACAUACGGCAUUGACAGCAAUGAUAACACAGAUUACGACAAUUAUGAUGAAGCUUAA